UUCGACUCGCUCUUGCUUAUUAAUACUAUUCGUCUCCACUACAGCGCAUAGCUGCCUCUCAGCGCCCAUUCUUCACCAUGGCAGAUAUCAAGCACAUUGCUGACUUGGUGGGCAUCAAAGACCAAGAGACUCUCCACGAAUUCGCAGACACCAUCCAAGCCUUUCUCCGCUCACACAACCUACCAGCACUUCCUGACGUUUCAUCCUCCAAGACCCUGUCUCUCGAACGUCUCUCUCCAGUCCACUAUCUCAUCCUCGAACAUCUAUCGUACCUGGCCCCUGCCAAGUACCUUGUUCUCUCUCGAUAUCAUUACAAACGUUUAAUUCCCAGCAUCUACCGCCACGUCACCAUUAACACCAACAUCCUUGAUGCCUGCGAGGAGAACUACGGUCGUAUGUUCCAACUUCUUGGACAUAUUGAGACCCUCAAGUUUUCAGACUUGACGGCCCUGAAGAAUAUUUGCUCCCUCAAAGAUGACUGGCUGUAUAGCAGGCUGUUUCAUAACACGAAACGAAUAGAAAUUGACACCCAGAUGCUUCGCGUGUACAACAAUGAUUACAACCUCGGUCCUUCUGGUAGUCUUUCUGUUACGCUGGGCGACAAGUUUGAGGAACUUGUCUUUCGAUUCACUCAAGUACCAAAGAAGACAUUUCGCCUCCCACGCCAAGCGUUCGACAAUAUCCUUGGUCGACAGCCAGACAUUGUCACUCUUAUCUUUGCUAUCCCUUACAAGCAUUGUAACUCCUGGUCAACACUUUUAGAGUAUGUACCAGAUUACCUGGAAGGCUGUGAGCCUGGUAAAUCCUGUAAAGUGGUAUUCGAUAUACCCAAAGGAAAACGAAAAGAUCUUCGAGGCAACGUGACAAUGACCGUCGCUAGACACAUCAUGAGGCACCUCCGUUCACAGGGCGCAAGGCAGGUGGGAUGGAAAAUAGAAUAUCAUGUUACGGCUGCGGAGGAGUUUGGUGCUGUGAUCUGGCAAGUCUUGACCGAGAUGAUGCCAAAUGAUGCAGCGCUUGGAGAUUUCUUGGGAGAACGUUGUGAAUUUGUCGAGUUGGACCGCGAAAAGUUCCAGUUCAAGAGAGGGGUCCUCUAAAAAGCGCACCGAGAUCAUGUACUUGGCGCUUUUUCAUUCAACCACAUCUUUUCAGCUAUAAUACCUUCAAGUCGCUUGUUGUGACUCUCUCAAUUCAUUUGAACCCGUCAAUAAAACAUGGCAGGCGAUGUUCUCUAGCCUAUAUCAGACGAAGAGAAGUUGAAUUCGAGAUAUGGCAAGCUGAAAGUUACAAUGACGUGAAAAUAGGAAGCCCUGAAGGAAGUGGGGGGGAGAUGAAGGGAUAAAGGGGUCCUCAAUGCUGGUGGAUUAAACUCUAUGGAGAGGGAAAACACAUAUGGCAGGUUAUAGGAAGUUUUCAGCAUGUCACAUAUGACAGGAUCAUUGACAGUCUGUCGGAUAACGUACGUUUAGGCAUUUUGGGACAAAAACAUGAUACAACCCAUUUCCCAUACUCUUUUUCGUGUGUACAAUCCUUUUUUUUUUUCGUUUCCUCUCGUCUUUUUCGUUUUUUUUUUUAACCAUUAUCUCAUAAAUAUCAUCGACAACGGAAGUUAGAAUGAAUUGAUCUCUUCGAUG